UUUCCGGCGCAGUCGUGGCGCGGCGCAGCUGUCAUGGCGGACACCGUCUGGAGCACCGACACGGGCGAGGCAGUGUAUCGCUCCCGGGACCCCGUGCGCAACCUCCGCCUCCGAGUCCACCUGCAAAGAAUCACAUCAAGCAAUUACCUCCGUUACCAGCCUGCAGCCCAGCCCGGAAAGGACCUCAUAGACUUGGCCACUUUUAGGCCUCAGCCAACAGCCAGUGGGCAUCGCCCGGAUGAAGAUGAAGAGGAGGAGGUCGUGAUUGGGUGGCAAGAGAAGCUCUUCAGCCAGUUUGAAGUCGAUCUGUCAAAUGAAGCAGCCUGUCAGAGCCCUUUGGAUCAUCAGUACCGGCAAGAGAUUCUGAAGCUGGAGGGUUCGGAUGGCAGGAAGAACCGACGGAUCUUCACCUACACUGACUCUGAUAGAUACACCAAUCUGGAGGAGCACUGUCAGAAAAUGACCACCGCAGCCAGUGAGGUGCCAUCAUUCUUGGUCGAGCGAAUGGCCAAUGUCAGGCGGCGACGUCAGGACAGACGAGGGAUGGAGGGUGGCAUCCUUAAGUCACGAAUCGUCACCUGGGAACCCUCAGAAGAGUUCGUCAGGAACAGCCACGUCAUCAACACCCCUCUUCAGACAAUGUACAUCAUGGCAGACCUGGGGCCCUACGGCAAGCUUGGCUACAAGAAGCAUGAACAUGUCCUCUGCACUCUGAAGGUGGACAGCAAUGGUGUCAUCACAGUAAAACCCGACUUCACCGGCCUCAAAGGACCCUACAGAAUCGAAACAGAGGGGGACAAGCAGGAGCUGUGGACGUAUACGCUGGACAACGUGUCCUCCCUGGCCCAGCCCGAGGAGGAGGAGCGGGAGCAGCGCGUGUUCAAGGACCUCUACGGCCGCCACAAGGAGUAUCUCAGCAGCCUCGUGGGCACGGAUUUUGAGAUGACCGUCCCAGGUGCCCUCCGGCUCUUUGUAAAUGGAGAGGUAGUUUCAGCCCAAGGCUACGAGUCUGACAAUCUCUAUGUCCACUUCUUUCUGGAAUUGCCAACUACCAACUGGUCCAGCCCUGCCUUCCAGCAGCUCUCAGGAGUAACACAGACCUGUGCCACCAAGUCCCUGGGGAUGGAUCAAGUGGCCCACUUCUCCUACCCAUUCACAUUUGAGGCCUCCUUCCUCCACGAGGAUGAGUCUGCUGAGGCUCUCCCGGCAUGGCCUGUGCUCUACUGCGAGGUCCUCUCCCUGGACUUCUGGCAGAGGUACCGCGUGGAAGGCUAUGGGGCCGUGGUGCUGCCUGCCACCCCAGGCUCCCACACCCUGACGCUCUCCACGUGGAGGCCCCUGGAGCUCGACGUGGCCGAGCUCAGGAGGUUUUUCAUUGGCGGCUCGCUGGAGCUGGAGGACCUCUCCUACGUGCGGAUCCCAGGAACCUUCAAGGGGGAGCGUCUGAGCCGCUUCGGCCUCCGCACCGAGACCACAGGCAGCGUCACCUUCCGCCUGCACUGUCUGCACCAGUCCAGGGCCUUCAUGGAGUCAAGUUCCCUGCGGAAGAGGAUGCGGAGUGUGCUGGACCGUCUGGAGGGAUUCAGCCAGCAGAGUUCCAUCCACAAUGUGCUGGAGGCCUUCCGACGAGCCCGGCGCCGCAUGCGGGAGGCCCGAGAAAGCCUCCCCCACGACCUAGUCAGCCCCUCGGGAACCACAGUCUCCUAGCUCGCUGCAGCCCUGGCCCCCCUGCCGUACACGAGGACAAGAUGCACGAGAGCCGAGGCCUGGGUCUCCCGCCUCUUCGUCUUCCUGAUUAGAAACCACACUGACCUGCGAAGAACCAGACGAGCUGAGAGUCCCGGGCCGGGUGGUAACCAAGCUGAAGGCCCUGUGGCCCCAGGAAGGGUGCCCUCUUGGUAUGUCAGCCACUGCAAGGGACCAUCACAACCAGGCAGGCUUUUUGAUUUGCGGCCAGUCUGGGGGUAGCCCUGCGUGAGUUCUGUCCCUGACACAGCCUCCCUCCUAGCCUGUCUCAGCCUCCCUGGUGGAGCUGCAGGACCUCCUGCCACAAGCCUGCUUCACACAUGGAGGCCUGAGGAAGAAGGCGGGUGAGGCAGAGCUUACAUUCCCGGCCUGGAGUCCAGGCUCCUCUUUGCAGGGCCGUCUCCCCCGGGACUGGGGCUUGUUGCAUUUGAGAUAGAACUUAUUUCUGGAGCAAAUGAAGGCUGAAGGCACCGCCCAGUCCUUUCUGGUAGCUGGCUGGUACCUUUUGUUGUGUGUGUGUGUCGGGGGGGUGGUACAUAAAACCUUUUUAUUCUGAC